AUGCUCAUGCCAUCCGCCUUCUCUUGCGACGCAUCGCAGCCGCCUCUCACCCGCCUCCAAGCCUCCCUGUUCACAUCGCCUCCCGCGAGCCCUCCAACCCUCUCGCAUCCUGGCUUCGGUAACAUCUUUGACACCUGCCGCUCCCUCCAAGCCCUCCUCUCGGCACCCCAGCACCACCAGACCGCCGCCGCCGCUCCCGUUUACGACGCGCAGCAGUACACUCUACCGACGCCGGCGCAACUACCGACACCCCCCCUCGCCCACGCGCCGCCCCCCCUCAAGCUUCGCCUGCGCUCGCGCGCGAAGCAGGAUGGCGCCCCUCACAACGAUCACCACCCGCGCAGGCGCAUCGCAAAGCGUGCGCCGCCUCGUAGCGUGAACAAGCGCCGGCGCGCGGCCGAUGAUGAAAUGUCGCGCAGCGACACGGACGAAGACAUCGAGAGCGACCUCGAGAUCUCGUCACAAAGUCAGCCCUCUGUCGAAGGCCAGAACCAAAACAACACAACCAUGUCCUCGGCGCCAGCCACACCAAAGCGCGCGCGCAUCGCGCCCGAGGUCAUUCCCCUCGGCCUUGGCCGCUCUGACUACCACACAUUACACCUCCUGAACGGCGGCGAUGGGGUGAACACCAACAAUACAGAAGAGGAGCAGGGCGCCAACGUGGAGGUCGAGGCUGACGGCGAGCCUUGGAGCGCCGAGGAGGACCGUAUACUCGUUGAGCUCGUGCUCGAGAAGCUUCAGCUCAGCAAGGCGGAAUGGCAGGACUGCGCUCGCAGCCUGGGCAAGGACCGGAAUUGCUUAUCGCGGCGGUGGAAGAGCCUGAUGCUUCAAGGAGAAGUCGGCCUCAAGGGCCGGAGGAGUAGCCGGAGGACCAAGCUCCAUGGCACCUGGCGAUAA